AUGGCAAAUCCAUCAAAAGGCACUCCAACGAAAUCUGUGGAGCCAGAAGCAUUUAUAGCACAUGAAGAGAAAGUUUCGAUUGAACCUUCGGCGCACAACGACUCUGGUAAUGACUUCCAAGCCUAUGAGACACGCAAUAUCGACAUGCGCACCGUUCUUGGUUUACUGGCUCUGGCUAUCACAUAUGAGUGUUGCCUAUUUUCCUUCGUGCUGCCUGCGGUGAUUCUCUUGAUAAUUAAUCAAGAUAUUGGCCCCUCGAACAAUAUUGCAUGGGUUGCUACUUCAUGGACGCUGGCAAGCGCGGUCGUUAUGACCGUUGCGGGCAGGUGUAGUGAUAUCUUUGGACGAAGGAACUUUUUCCUUUUCGGCAACGUCCUUGGUGUUAUCGGUUGUACAAUUGCCUGCAGAGCCAUGAAUGUAUCAGUGCUCAUUCUGGGAAGUUCAAUUUUGGGACUCUCCGGCGGGUUACAGCAGCUGGCUUUUGCUGCCGCAAACGAAAUUGUGCCUAAAAGAAAUCGCGGGCAGACAAUGGCUAUGAUGACGCUUGUAUCGCUUCCAGGGUCGGCGUUUGGAGCUCCAAUUGCAUAUCGAAUAAUCUCCGUGACCUCUUGGCGGUGGACGUACUACGUCGCUCUCAUUGUAAAUGGCAUAGCGCUGGUUCUCAUCCUCGUCUUCUACUGGCCUCCAAAUUUCCUUGGGCUUCACCCAGAAGGCAAAUCACGACGUCGGCAAUUCUCGGAGCUGGACUUCAUGGGACUGCUGCUGUUCGGCGGAGGUCUGACGGUUUUCUUAGUUGGAAUCGGCUUCGGCGGGAAUCCCUACCCGUGGACGAGUGCAGUGGUUCUGUGCCCAACCAUCAUCGGAUUCCUUUCCGUCUUCGUGGGGUUCCCUGCUUGGGAAGUAUACAGUCCCGAUAAGAUCACAAAACUCUGCCCUCCCCGACUCAUGCGCAACGUUCGAGCCGUCGUUGUACCCUUGGCGGUGUCUUUUGUGUCAGGCAUGGCUCUUAUUAGCUUGGGUAUUUUGUGGCCCCAGCAGAUUGCACGUCUUUUCACCACAGUUCCAAAGACAAUCGGCUGGUAUGGAUUGGCCAACCAAGGCUCUGCGACUGUCGGCCUGAUGCUGGCCGGUCAGACAUUCGCAUCCCUUCGCAGGACAAGGUGGCAGUUUAUUUUCAUUGUCACCAUGAUGGCUGUCUUUCUGGGACUUAACGCAACAGUCAAUCAGUAUACUCCUGCUCGAGCUGUUGUUUUCGUUGGACUUGCCUCGGCCAUGAUCGGCGCAACCAAUUGUCUCAGCAUUCUUAUCGUGCAGCUUGGCUCUUGUGAUGAAGAUAUUGGGGUCGCAACAGGCCUUGUGAACUCCACAAGGAUGGUAGGGGGCGCGGUGGGAGUCGCGAUCUACUCUAGCCUGCUUGCAAAUCGAAUUGCAAGUACCUGGGCUCGUGAUAUCGGCAGAGCACUGCUCGAGGCUGGCCUGCCUGCUUCUUCGCUAGCGUCAUUUCUCUCUGGACUCCAACUAGGAGAUGUCACCAAUGUUCCUGGCACCACUCCCUCCAUCAUUGAAGCAGGGGUGAACGCGCAGAAGGGCGUCUUCGUGAAUGCGUUCCGACUAAUUUAUUGUGUCACCGUGGCUUUCGGAGGUCUUGCAAUCAUCGGGGCACUCUUCGUCGCCAAUGUGGACGACAAACUCACAAAGUAA